AUGGGAGACUCUGCACCUACACACAUUGCUUCAACAGGCCCUGAAGUGUCAAACUUGCAUCCAGCCCCGCCUCCAGAGGUAAAUCCUUGGAAGAAGUCAUUGAGCUCGCCACACUUAGCUCCACAAAAAGAAAGCAUUGAAUUACCUAACUCUUUGGCCUUGCCAGCAAAUGGAAAGCCGCAAGUCCAACCUGUUGUCGCAAAGGCCAAGAAGACGGGGAAACAAAAGUGGGUACCUUUGGAGGCCGAAAUUUCAGUCUCGUCUCCUACCAAGACGAAAAUUAAAUCAGCCAAUGGCAGUUCCAAGAAAAAAGACACAAAGCAAAACCAAAGUAAACGCACGAAUCGCAAGAGGCCGACAUUGCCUUCUGAUCAGCAAGAGGAUAAAGCUGUGGUGCAUGAUACAACCACGAUUACGACAAUUUCAGAUAUGUCCAUUGCCACAACCGAGGCCACAGAUACGUCAGAUGAAAAGACAUUGGCGAAGCUUGCUUCCCAGCUUACCAUAAGUUCCUCCGAAGGGCCUGAGACAGCACCUCCUACUUCUGGGUCAGAGGCCACCCUGGACAAUGGCUUCACGGAAUUUGCAGCCACUCCUCGAGACCAAAACUCAGAACAGUUCGACGACCCGCAAUUCCAAAAGCAUCAAAGAAGCAAAAGCUUCAAUAGCAACAACAUGAGAUACAACAAGAAAAAUAGAAACCCGUAUUCACGUUCAUCGGCCAACUUACCUUCGCUUCCUCCAUAUCCAAUUCUUUCCUCGACGCCCUACUAUAUGCCUUAUUACAUGCCGCCUGUACCACCAUAUGGAGUUUCCAUGUCGCCCUCUUCAUCGCGGAGGAACAGUCAAUUGAAUUCACAGGCUUCUUCUAGGAGUUCACCCAAAUCCAUCGAUGAUCUAAGAACUUCGGCCACCGGUGAGCGUAGUUCGCAGCAUGCAAGCCCUAGCCGCAGCCCGGAAACGGUUUCCCCAUCAAUAUAUGGAGAUCCAAACUUGUAUUAUGGUGUGAUGCCUGGAAUCCCUCCUCACGCCGGAUCCCCAGAUCCAAGUUCCCCAGUCCCAUAUUUCCAACCAUAUUAUAUGCCCCCUCCCGCAACGGGGUUCCCGCUGUACUCGUCGCAAGCCCCCUAUUCACCAACGUAUCCAGGUGUUGCUGAAAACUCUGGAGAUAAUAAGGUGGGACGCUUAAUUAAGCAGCUGGAGUACUACUUCUCCAUGGAGAACCUACUAAAAGAUAUUUAUCUCAGAAAACAUAUGAAUUCCGAAGGAUAUGUGAGCGUUGCGUUUUUAGCAGGGUUUUCCAGAGUGAAGAUAUUGUCUGAGGGGGAUUUCAAUUUGAUACUACAAGCAUUGAAGAGAACGGAUUUAUUGGAGAUGGCUGGCUCAGAGAAAUCUGAGGUGGUCAGGUUGAGAGAAGGCUGGGAACGGUGGGUUCUUCCUGAAGAUCAGAGAGAACUGUAA